AUGAGAGCCGUCGCGCUCCUGCGGCUGUCGACGAUUCUGACGCCGCUGAUUCUGAGGUGAGUCCAGCCGGAAAGGAGAAGCAGAGCGAAGAUUCAGCCUCGACAUCUCUGGCGUCCGGGAAAGAGCCGACGAUCCCAAAGACAACACGAGGCCUCUCGUUCGGAGCAAGACUUUCUACGUCCGCGUCUUCGGCCUCGACCUUCCACGCGACGGCUAUUACUUCACCUCUGCCGACCGUUGUGAGGUACAACUUUCCAGGAAAAACUCAAUUGCCUUUUUGACCCUUUUUCUAUCUUGAACAUUUACAGGACUGGAACAGAUCGGACCAGGACGGUAAGAAAAAGUCGAAAACAGUGACUCCGCUCAGCAGCUACCCAAAGUAACUUCAUUUCCAUCAUCUUGUGAUCAUUUAAAUCCCAGACACAUUUUGCUGGAAGUGACUGGCGGCUUGGAUUUUUCCGACCAUCCUUCGUUUCGCCUCUGUAACUACAAUUUGAACGUCACGUCUUACAAGGUGCCCAAUGAAUGGACAUAUUGAAAGGGAAAAAUGCGAAAUACUCCAGUUUCUGCACGUCUUCGAGCAGACCAAAACGCAUCCCUUCGACACGUUGUUCUUUUUGUUGUGCAUUUACUGUUUGGUGGUUUCUACCUACAUUUCUGGGGUUCAUUCAAAAGUUGCAGGCAGCCAGUGGCUACUGUUCGGGAAUGAUGAUAGUCUACAUGACCCACUCCUUGAAGGACUUGACUCUGAUGUCUCAAAGCCAAGAACCUUUCAAGGUAAAGUCUAAAACUAGUCCUUCUCCUUAUGCCGAUCUCAGUCUCGGGCCAAUCGGAUGCUGCCACUCAGGCGAUUGUCGAAUCUGCUCGUCUGCUCGCUUUCGACGUUCAGCACCGUCCACAACGUCGUCUUCACCCUCUUCAUCUGCAAAAGGAUCGACGAAUACUUUGAGAAAGCUUUGGUAGCUGAAAUUUUCAAAGAAGAAUUUAUAGACUCGAAAAGACUUUAAAGCCACUUUAAUUAAAGACCUAAAUUCAGGCUUUUGAAGGGAACGUGAAAACCCUGCGCUUUAAAAUACUCAAUCUUUGAGGAAACGUUCCAAAUUUUCAUUCAACAAUCAUUUCCAGUUUGGCGAACUUUAUUCACUGGUGAUCCCCACAGCUUUGCUUUUCAUAUUUGCGGAAAUGCUACCUCAGGUCUGUUAAUUUGUUUUUUGGAAAAUUGAAAGCUCAUAUACAUUUGCUUGGUUAGAAUAGUUUCAAACAAUUUUUAAUAAUAAAAUAAGCAGAAAUUCUAAUUUAUUGAUGCGAACAAUGGUGAUAUUACAACAGGCUCAGUUUUAGAAUGAUUUCAAAUGAAUCUGUUCUUUUGGAAACAUUUUUUCAAGGUUUCGACAGCCUUGGACUUUAGUUUUCACCCGCAUUUUUGGUGCAAGAAAAAGUUCAGGUAAUCUGCAACAGCAGGAUCGGGUUGGUUCUCGCCUCGUCGACUUGGUUCAUCACCAUGUUUAUAAUAGCCACGACUGCAGUUGUUUCUUGGCCACUUUCCAGAGUUAUUGACUAUUUAUUGGGCCGUGAUGUCAGCUAACUUUUAAUGAACCAAAAGGAAAAAUGACCCUUUAGGUUAGACAAGUUUUAACAGAAGAGGAGCGAAUGAACAUAUUCAAAAACAUGUCAAAGGACCUAAACCCAACGGAAGCCGGUGAAACUCGGAGAAAAAAAAACAAAACUGGAAAGACUGACUUUGAGGUAUUCUGCAAAGGGCUGUGGUUUUCACGGAGAAAAGUGUGGAGCACGUGAUGACGCCGAUCGCCAACGUCUUCACUCUGUCGAGCAGUCAGAAGCUGGAUCUGCCGGUCUGAAAGUACCUUUUUUCUCCUGAAGGAAAACGACGAAACAGACGCUGAUUGCCAUCGUCGAGCGCGGCUUCACGCGGAUCCCGGUCUACAAAAAGCACAAAGACUACAUCGUGAUGGUCCUGAAUGUGAAGGAUCUGAUCUGCCUCGACCUGCACCACGCGCCCACCGUCGCUGAAAUCGUGGAAAAGCUCGAUAAACGGACUGUUCAGGUUUUUUUUUUGAUUAGUCUGUCAAGAAAUGAGUUAUCUUUUAACUAACGAGGGAGAUCUUAGUGUGAAGCUCGGAGAUUGUUUCGGACUUUCUUUGGAGGUCCAGAAAAAGACUCACCAUAAUCUCUCAUUACGCAAACUUCUAUAUUUCAAGCUAUGAAUUUUUUGAAAUUUACCCAGAAACAGUUCUGAAGCCGAUAUUUUUUAACUUUGAAAGUUCACAUCUCCAAAACUAAAAAUGUGCACGAAGCAACGGAGGAUAACAUUCCAUUUACACAUCGUUUGCAGAAAUGAUAUUUUUAUUGCUUAUAAACUUUCUCAAACGAAUUCCAAACAUCAAAAUCAGCGUAAAACCAAAUGGCGCAGAGCAGGUCUGCGUCUCUUAUUCAGAUGGCCUAACUCAGAUAAUUUCCUAAAAAGUUCGUUCUUGUUCAUCUUUCUCUGCUCAAAAUAUCUUUGGCCAAUUCUUUGAAAUGUGUUCAGUUGAAAUUCGCAACGGCGGAGAUGAAAGUGGCCAAUUUGAUGCAACAAAUGCGAGCUGGAGCUUUUCACAUUUGCGCUGUGGUCAAGUAUGUUCAUAUGAGGUUCAUAGAGUGUUAAAAAAGCAAUAUCAUUUUUUUAAGGUACAAGGUCGUUGGAAUAAUUACUUUUGAAGACAUUUUAGAAGAACUUUUUGGCGAGAUUGAGGUUUCCUUUUUGUCUUGACAACUCUUGAAUAUAAUGAAAAUCGUCCGGAACCGUCUUCGUUUCACAAAAUGAAGCAAUGAAGUUGCUCAGAGUAUCCAGCUGAGAAAGCUCUCUAUUAUUUGAAACAAUUAUCGUGUUUCUGGAAAACUUGAAAGAUUUUUCCAAACUAGCCAUCAAGUUCCUCUCCGCAGUCAGUUUUCAGUUAUUUCUAAAAGAUUCAGAGAAAUUAUCUUCUUGUUGGAUUUUCAUUCCAAUUUUCCUAAUGUAGUUGCACAGUUGCGGUCAAUAUCUAUAAAGUACCUUUCAGGAUGAGAAAGACAGGACGACGCGGGUGAGAACGGGUCUUUGUCGAGAUCAGCUAGCCCUGGAUUGGCUCCGCGAGGCCGGUACCGAUCCGGCAUACCCGUUACCCAUUUCUCAACAACUUCUCGUCAUUCAGGUUUGUCUGAACCAUUCGGAAACUACGCAAUUUUCCCUUCAGUGGCUACUCUCUCACUGUCCUGAGCUGAGGGUUCUUGGUUUCGACGUCCUUCAGACGAAGCUUCUUCUCUCGCCGAAGCUCAUUCGCAAUGCUCAGAAAGGAGAUAUUAUACCAACCAAGACAAAGUUUGACACGAAAAGUCUGCCUGGCUCAAUCUCGAACCACCUCACUUUCAGAUUGGUUGUGAUCUUCGAAGGGAACGUCAAAGAGACUGGAUCUUUGCAUGCAGCAGAACCGCGUACAAUCAAAAUUAGUCGCAACAAAAGAAUGUAAGGGGAUCUUGAGGGCCCAGUUUAGUGUAUAUUUAAGGAGAUCCAUAUCAAACGGAGAAGUUUUCCCGUGUCAUGUUGCUGGAGAGAGAGUCCUCCGAAAACUUAUGAAGGUGUUAAAAGGAUGCGGUUUGGACUGAAAGCUCUUUUCAGGAACUUUCUUUGGAUGUCACGCCGUUCAGCGACGAAAGCUUCGUAGAUCUGACGGCCAUGAGUAGUUGCUCCUAUUUUGAGGUGAUUUUCAAGAUGACCACCAAGAGAAGAGGUUUCCGUAGAUACCAGCAUGUUUGGGAGCCUUUUUGUGCUUUCUACUGAUAAUCAACUAUAUUUCCAAGUAUAUCUUAACUUUGGUAUUGAAAGGAGUUAUCCAAACGAAUUCUCUUGUAAAGUCUUGAGUUCCUAUUUUUUUUUCCAAUUUUUUCUACUAUUCUCGUAGGAUAAAAUAAAGUUGAUUACGCAACAAAUUUAAUUAUUUUUUCUUCAUUUUUUUCACCACCAAGUUAUAAUAUUCCAGUUCACCCUACCAAAUUUGUAAAUUGAAGCUGGACGAGAUCGACAUCCGCGAGACGAUGGUUUUGGCGAGCGAACCGGAAAAACUUGCCAUGAACAUCCGAAUGGACGCGAGCAAGUCGAUAGUGAUAAGUCCAUUCCCAACUCUUGAUGAUUAUCCUGAGAAAUGAUUUUAGCUCCGACGGAAUUUACUACCGUUCGCAGCGCUUCUUCCAGUAUCCGGAAAGUUGAAUAUUCUGCGGAAGGUUUUUUUUGACCUCGAGAAUUUUAUUCUUUUUGUUUUCAGCCCUCAAAACCAAUUCGAACCGUUCCGAUUGA